AUGAUUCGGAGCCAAAAUCAUGAUAGUGUAUCUAGCAAUAAGAGGAUCAACACUUGUGACCAUGGUAGUUCGACACCUUGGUCAAACCCUAACCAUGAUGUGCUUUUCUUAGUUAUGAUGAAACUGGGAGUUAUUGAUUUUUUUGCAUUCAACCGAGUUUGCAAGUUAUGGAGGUCACUCUCACUCUCUAACAAGAACAUGUUUAUGGCAUCCAAACCACCCAUGUUGAUGUAUAUCCGUAAUACCCAUUAUAAGAAGAAAGAGUACUGGCUAGAGGACUUUGAUGGAAGAAACUUCAAAAUAACACUUCCUCAUUCUAGGCGCACGAUCUAUGUUGGAUUAACUUGUUGUUACUUGAUCUUGUAUGGGUGGGGAACCAGCGACUUUUGGCUUGUGAAUCCUAUCACCAGGCAUGAACUUCAUUUCCCUUUUGUCCCCUCGGAUGUCUAUAGCAGUGUAUCAAUACUCAGAGCUAUCCUUGUCUUUUCAUCUUCAAUAUCUAAAUAUGUGUUUCUUAUCACAAAGAGAUUCUCCCGUCAAAUAUGGUUUUCUAUUGCGGGUAAAGGAGAUUGGAAUGACGUGUCCUCCAAUUUCCACAUCCUUGAUAUACAUGCUUUCAAGGAGAAGAUAUAUACGUUACACUAUGGUAGUCAUCCAUGGGACGUAAGACAUAUAUGUGAAAUGAGACUCAAUCCAGAGCCGAAACUGAUGUUACUCAAAACCAAGGAUUUUCUGAAGCAAGAACUCUAUUACCCGAAGUUCGUAAGUUCGGAUGAAAAACUUUAUGUGAUGGAAACCAUUUCAACAGAUUCUUCAAACAAGAUUCAUGAACUGGAUUUUGGCGAAAUGAGAUGGGUUCCGUUUGAAGAGACCAGAGAUGAAUAUGCAUUUUUUAAUUGCGCCUUCGGGCCUGGUGCUGCUGUUAAACGAAUGUCGUUUGUUGACUCCCAGUGA